AUGAACGGCACGGUCAAUGCAACCCCUCCCUGGGUCUGGGAUACUCAGCCGCCAUACCGUCCAUUGACUCUACCGAAUUUCUCGCCUGGUAUUUCAGGCGUAACGGCCGCACAGCUCUUGGCCUUCUGUUUGAACAGCUACACGCCAUUAGUUUGCCUCUUUGAGCUGUUUUCCUUUCCCAGAACAUACGUCAGUUACCUACUAUUGUGGCUAGAGGAGCAUUUCACCUCCACAGUUCAUAUUAAGGGGUCAGACGAGGCGUACGACAUGCACUUGCUCUCCUACCAAACCGAGCUCAAAGACGCGGGAUUUUACAAAGAGGAGGAGAUCUCCAUCACUUACGUCGGCCGAUCAUUCAGGAACAAGACCACGAUAUUCGAAAACCGCGGCGAUAGUUGGAAAAAGAUCGCGACGAAAAAGAUCAGGCCACUGUCGACUAUCAUCGUCAGCGAGAAGCAAAAGCAACAGCUAGUUGCUAACGUGAAGAGUUUCCUGGAUCCCGAAACGCGAAACUGUUUCAGUUUGUCCGUGGCUGGCGAGCUCGAUGUCGACAUAUACAUUGUCGGCAUGCCUAGUGUGAACGACCGCACGUUGAAAGACCUCUUCGCCGACCUUCCACAAAAAUGCGUUGUUCUGCUGGAGGACAUAGACGCUGUUGGAAUGGAGCGCUCACCAGAUUCUGCUGAUUCUGACGAGUCUCAAAAGUCAAAAACUGGGGUCACGAUGUCAGGACUCUUGAACACCCUUGAUGGCGUGGCUUCGCAAGAGGGCCGAGUUCUCAUCAUGACAACGAACCACAUUGAGAAGCUCGACGAGGCGCUUAUUCGCCCCGGUCGCGUGGACAAGAAAGUUGAAUUCCAAUACGCUGACGCCGCCAUGACUUCCCAGCUCUUUGGGUUCAUAUUUCAGCAAGACGCUGGAGAAGAUGGCAGUAGCAACGAUUCGGCGGCUUGCGACCUUGCUGCAGAUUUCGCCACGAAGGUGCCGGAGCUUGAGUUCAGUCCAGCCGAGAUUUUGUCGCAUCUACUACAAUAUAGGAAGUCGCCGACUGCCGCCGUAGAGCAUGCCGAGGAAUGGGUUGCAACAAUGCGACGCGAAAAGUUCAAGGCCCAAGCCAUCGACAUCUAA